AGGGGGCAAAAAAAAAAAAAAAAAGUCACUAUGGAAUCGCUCACCACACCCCCCGAGACCUCCUCCUUCAUCGCCCUCUCCGUCCACCAGUCGCGCACCCCAGACUCCUUCCACUCGGGCCCCGCAAUCUUGCACUACCACAGCUCCCACUGCAAACUGGUCAUCCUCGACCGCGACCUUAUUUCCUCGCCACCAUUGAACGCUCUUCGCGGAGCAGCAGCAGCAGCAGCAGCAGCAGUAAACGGAAAUGAUCAGGCCGAGACAGAGACCAGCGAAGCAGGGACUGAAAUCGUCAUCGAUGGACUUGAUAUAUGGGUGACGUCGGAUAAAUUCCUCGUCUACAACCCCUCGACUUCAUACGGCGUCUCAAUCACCUACCCAUCGAUCUCUCUCCAUGCAAUCCAGCGCCUGAGUCUCCCUGCCCAAGACCAAGUCCAAGGUCUCUACAUGCAGAUUACAAAACCGCCUGCCUCCUCCUCCUACCCGCAGGCAUCUGACGAAGAGGAAAGCAUCACGAUGACUCUUGUUCCUCCUCCUCCUGCUGCAUCCUCCUCGUCGUCCUCCUCCGAAACGAAACCCGAAACCACAACUACAACGACUACGACUAUGUCCAGUACCGGUGCUGGUACUAGUACUAGUACACCGGACAUCGAACAACCAGAACCAGAGUCAGAAACACCAACCCAAGCCCUGUACACUGCCGUCUCUGCCUGCUCAAACCUACACCCGGACCCAAUCGAAGAAGCCGAAGAGCAGGGCGACGGGGCCGCAUUCGCAUCUGGUCUUGUCUUCCCCGGGAGUAUGGAGGGUGGUCUGCCGCCUCCGAUGGAUGGGAGCUCGGGCUGGAUUACGGCGGAGAACAUGCACGAGUAUUUCGAUGAACAGGGAAAUUGGAUUGGGGGUGGUGGUGAGGAGGAGGAGGAGGAGGAACCGAGCUUCGCCUUGGGUCCUGGGGCGGGGACUGUACGGCCUCGAGGGGAGGAGGACGGGGAAGGGGAAGGGGAAGGCGAGGGGAAUGCCAAUGGGGAUGGAGCUAUGAAUGGGGUUGAGGAGACGAAGUGGAGGAGGACUGAUUGACUGAUGGAUCCAUCCUAUGUUACGAUCCUCGUCUAUCUUGCUAGCUAGCUAGGUAGGUUCGCUGGAACGAUAAAAAGUAGUUUAUUUUGAUAGAGCAUUGGUUCCGUUGUGUGGAUGAGUUAUACUGUAGCUAUGUUAAUGCUUAGUUGCCAUGAGACAGGGGAAAGGAUGGAUUCAAUUACGCUAUUUAGGACAUAUUAGCCCAGCUACUCUGGAUAAAAAUUGAUAUACAACAAAGUCGAACUC